UGUGUGUGUGUGUGUGUGUGUGCUUAUAGCGUACUGUCUCUGGAUGGUACUGGAUACUGAACACCCCCCCCCUCCUACACACCUCCUCCCCGCCCCAAAAGGGUUGUGGAAGAGAGUAUUUGCUCUGCACUAGGGGAAUAAACAUGAGUCGAUAUCUGUUAGAAUGAUCUAUAAUAAAGUAUGCAACCUUAUUUUUUGCAAAAGUAAAAUAUUUUUACUGUACCGAAACAUUUGUUUCCCCAUCAGAGUUCAGAAAAGUUCAUAAAAGUGGCAAAAACUUAGUCAGUUUUUUUUUGGAUCUCAAAUUAAUUUAACAGAUCUUAUUGAAUAAUUGUUGCAGCUAAACCUCAUUCCUGAUGUUCUGCAGUCAUUUUAGAACCUCCUACAUCUCUGUUCAUCAUCUAACGUUGCUUCGUUAAUGUUUACAGCCUCCUAUUGAUUAUCUUAAAGCUUUGAAGUUGUUCAGGAUUAAUAGUUUAAUGCUUUGAUCUCCUAACAGUUAAAACAUUAGACUCCAGACUCUUCAUCUGUAGCUGUAGGUGUGUUUUUACGCAGCGUGAAGUGAGUCUGAUUUUUUUUUACACCCACACCUGUCAUUUCCUACCUCUCCCUUUGUAAUCAGACACCUCUGUGAUGUCACUUCCCGCUAGUUGUGGGUUCUGCCUCAGCCCGGCUCAUGUUGCAGGCGGCUCUCGGAUUACCUCGUCCAUCAGGAGGGGGCUGGAUUGUGGGAAAUGGAGGUGUGACGUUCUGAAGGUUCUGAAGUCCUUCAGGAUCACAGUGAUAUCUGCUGAAAUGUUAGUGGUUAGUGCUCAGGGCCGGUCCAUUCCUUACACGGCCCCCCUUCCCUCCCAACACACACACAACUCCUGUGUGAACUUUAGUCCUGAAAACUCCGCUUUGGGGAAUGACAGGCAUCCGAGCCUGCCGGCAUACCUCAGCUCAGCCGAGUACCUUAUUUACCAACCAGAGGGAGGGACCUCGCUGCUCACCGAGAGGAACAGGAGAGAGAAACACAGAGAAGGAAGGACACAGAGAGAGAGAGAGAGAGAGAGGAACAGAGGAGAGCGAGCCAAACCGUCUCCGGUUACGUUUCGGAUAGGCCGCUGGUGCUGGGCGAGAGGGACAAGAAGAAACUAGAAGUAAAAGAGAACAGAAGAGAAUAGAAAAGAGGAGAGAAUAGGAGAGAAUAGAGCGGAGGAGAAUAUAAGAGACUAGAAGAGAACAGCUGAAAGCUGUGGGACUGUCCGCCGCCCUCCCUGCCGUGGGCCUCGUGACUGGGGUCUGCAGGGCAGGCAGGACUGGAGGGUGUUAAAGUAAGAGCAUGGGCCAGGGAGCCAGCACUGAGACCCACAGACAGCCUUCCACCCCCAACACAGACGAUGAAGUCGAUGACCAGCAGCAAAGCACGGUGGGCAGCGACGGGGCCAACUCGGGAGGAGGUACACCUCCAUCCAAACGUAAGGGCAAGUUCAACCUGGGCAAGAUCUUCAAACCCUGGAAAUGGAAGAAGAAGAAAGGCACCAGCGAGAAGUUCAAGGAGACGUCAGAAGUGCUGGAGAGGAAAAUCUCGAUGCGGAAGCCCAGACAGGAGCUGAUAGAUAAAGGAGUACUGAAGGAGAUCUCAGACAACGAGAGUAAUGAUGUGAAAGCUCCUUCAGUGAAGAACGGCCACACUGCGCCCAUCUCCGGGGACCGAGGGGCAGACACGGGGUCGGAGGUCAGGGGCCCGACCCGACGGCCGCAGGGCGAGGACCGGAAGAGUACCCUGGCACCGGAGUCCGAUAGGCGCAGUCGGGUGCCGUCCGACGUGACCCGUAACCGGCAGCCUCUGGACGUGGACGCCCGUAUGCGCAUACCCUCGGACUCUGACCGCCGCAACCGCCUCGAGUCAGACGGAGAGAAACGGACGUCGUCUUUACCAAGAGACAGACACGGACAGGACGAGGGCAGAUACCGCGAUCGGAGAGACGAAAACAGAGAACGGAGGGACGAGAGGGAGGACAGAGGAAGGAGGGAUGACAGAGAGGACAGAGAGAGACGGGACAAACGGGAAGAGCGGGACGUAAGAGCGGAGAGGGAUAAGAGAGACCGGAGAGACGAAAGGAUGGACAGAGAGGACAGGGAAAGGAGAGACAAAGAAGAGUGGGAGAAGAGAGAAGGAAGAGGGGACAGGGAUGACAGGAGAGAUGACCGAGACAGACGGGAUGACAGAGAAAGGAGAGAAGAGCGGGAGAGGAGAGAGGACAGAGAAAAAAAGGACAGACGAGACGAGCGAGAGAGGAGGCCCGAGAGCGAGUGGAGGGACGACAGAGAAAGAAGAGAAGAGCGAGAGAGGAGAGAGGAGAAGGAGAGAUGGGAAGAGCGAGAGAGGAGAGAGGAACGGCUGAGGAGAGAGGAACGAGAGAGGAAGGAAGAGCGAGACAGGAAGGAGGGCAGGAGGCCGGACCUGGCAAAGCAGGUUUCGGACAGCAAGGCGGUCAGGCCGCACUCAGAGAUGGACAUGAAGAGCACCCUGCAGAAGAGCUCCUCCGAAGCGGGACAGAAGGUCCGGCCGAUGUCCGAGGCUGACCGUAGGAGCACGCUCCCGCGACCCACGCCCGCCGAGGACGACCCCAGAGCUCGUGCAGGGUCCGUUGGUGUGCGCUUUGCCCCCAUCCCUGAGCCUGACACGGGACGUGCCCCCCACAAGGAGCCGCUGCCCCUCCCUAAACAGGCCAUCCUCCCCCCUAAAUGGCUGAUGUCCCCCCCUUCCACAGAGUCUGGCCAUGCCUCACCCUCCUCAUCCUGUUCGUCAGCAUCAUCAGCAUCGUCUACGUCCUCUUCGUCCUCCGCCCCCCCCAUCGCUAAGCCCCCUCCCCGCACCGUCUCUCUGAUGGUAGAGGACUCGUCUCGUCGAAGUCCCGUACCUGCAGUCAUGGCAGGAGGACAGGACGCCCCUCCUGCCGUCCCUGCUCAUGCUGCCCCUUCUGCCCCUGCUGCUACUGCUAACCCUCCUGCCCCCGCUGCCAGUGCUCCCCAUCCUGGCCCCGCUGCCACUGUUACCCCUCCUGCCCCCGCUGCCAUUGUUACCCCUCCCACCCCUGUUGCCCCUGCUGCUCCUGCUGUCCCCGCUGCCUCUACUGCCCCGGCUCCCCCUGCAACCUCUAAGCAGCCCCCUGUGCCGCCUCCCAAACCCACCAACCGCAACAGCAACCCUACACUGCAAGCUGCAACGUUACACAGACGCACUAAAGCCCAGCCUCCUCCGUACUGGACCAGCUGGAGACAGCAGGCCGCCAACGGCGUCUUCCUCUCCCUGCCCAGCUAUCUGUGUCGCCGUGGCCCUCUGCCCUGCCCAGGUGCCAGCCUGCCUCCGGCACGCGUGCCUGUCAUGGAUCCCCCUCCAGCUCCCGGAGCCCCACACCCAACUCCAGCCAAGCGUUCCCCUCCCAUUCCCCCAGCGAGAUCCACACCGGUCACUACUAAACGCCACUCAGAGGACCUCUCGUCCAUUCAGCCUGAGCUGCCUGCCAGAGGCCCCUCCCCUGCUCCGCCCACCUCCCAACCAGAAGACAGCAAAAACCCCGUCUCCGCCCCUGGAAUGGUCUCUCCACCGCCCGUCCACAUCCCUCCGUCUCCUCCACGCGCUCACCCGAACCCCCCCGUCCCCAGAGUGGACCCCCCAAGCCCCACCACAGAGCCGCCCUCCCAGCCUCCCGCCAUCCCCCUGCACAUCCUGAUCCAGCGGGCACUGAACAGCCCCGGCCCGGUGGCACCGCCGCACCCGGACGGCUCUCACCGAGCUCACUCUCUGCUCUUCGAGAUGCCCCGAGAGGUUCUGGUCGAGACGAGCGGACGCCGCUCGCUUCCGGUCACCAUCGAACCCCUCAGACUGCCAGAGGAUGAUGACUUUGAUAUAGAGGAAGAGUUGGCGAAGCUGCAGCCGCCUCGGCCCCCUCGGCAGCCGGAGCUGGAGCCCCGGAGCAGGCGGGGUUUGGUGGAGAACCCCAGUGUGACGGUCAUCCCCGAGACCGGAGGAGGUGGAGACAGCGAGGAGGACGAGGAGAGCGACUCGGACGGACCGAUCCUCUACAGAGAUGACGCUGACGACAGCGAGGAGGAGGACGUACCGAUGUCUGGUCUGGCGUCCCGUGUGAAGCGAAAGGACACACUGGCUCUGAAGCUGGAGAAGCAGCAGGAGAAGGAAGUGCAGCAGAACCAGGACAACACCACCUGGAAGAGCCGCGAGCAGUGGGAGGCUGUGCGCAGCAGGAUCGGCAACACCCUCACACGGCGACUCAGUCAGAGGCCGACGCAGCAAGAGCUCGAGCAGAGGAACAUUCUGCAAGCCAAGAACGAGGCGGACCGGCGAGCAGAGCGGAGCGAGAUCAAACGCAGGCUCACGAGAAAGUUGUCCCAGAGGCCCACAGUAGCUGAGCUCCAGGCCAGGAAGAUCCUUCGCUUCCACGAGUACGUGGAGAGCACGCAUGCCGAAGACUACGACCGCCGCGCAGACAAACCCUGGACCAAACUCACCCCUGCUGAUAAGGCCGCCAUCAGAAAGGAGCUGAAUGAGUUUAAGAGUUCGGAGAUGGAGGUCCACGAGGAAAGCAAGAUAUACACCAGGUUUCAUCGGCCUUAGCUGACACCCCUGAGGAGAAGAGCUUCACCUGGAGAGUGAGCGUACAACGCUGUGGAACUUCAGGCCGGGGACCAGCGACCACACUGCUGACCGGCCUGGAACCCUACUGGACCAGAGACACGCUCUAACUGCACAGGAACAUGCCGAGAAACAUACACAAGCUGUUCAGGGUGCAGUUGUGUCAGCUAACUCUUUUUAUUAUUACUAUUUGAGGAUUGGUGUGGAGUGCCAACCCACCAGGAACAAGGCUUCCAGUGGUUUCUGCUAAAGGAAUAGCUCAACCAAAGAUGCUAACGUGGCUAACGGUGAAUAGAAGCUGGUAUGCUAGUUGGAGGCUGUAUGUUUUGUUUCCUGUUAGCUACAUUAACAUUUUUGUAAUGCACUGUUCCUUUAAGUGGUGAGUUGGCGCUCGGACUCAACAGCUUCAGAGAAAGAGCUGCACUGAACUUUGGGAUUCAGACUUCACGGCGCAUUUAGCGUCUUAUCCCGCUGAGCUGGAUGCAACACCUAAACGGCCUUGUUUCAUUUUUAGAUUAUGCAAAAACGUCUUUUUGAUAUCAGGAAUAUACAUAUUUGUUGAAAAAGUGAUUGCUUUUAUGAUGAUGGUGAUGACACUGUGACCUUCAUACUGAGAACAAAAAUGUGACGGUGGCAUCAGAGCGUGAUUGUGUUUGUGUGAAUGUGAAAGAGCGAGAGAGUCAAUCUGUUCACCUCUGCCUUAAUAACAGACUCUGAGAGCGAAAGUUGGAGACCAUUUAUUUCAUUUCCUGUCAAAACAGCAAUUAACAACGUUAACAACAACAAGUUAUUGAUUUUUCUCAUGUUUAACAGAAGCAGCUAACUCUACUCUCAGCUGUGUGAGUCAGUGAGUCACUCUCUCCCUCUAUUCCAGCUUCCAUUCUUUUCAGGAGACUCACUUUCAGCUCCUCAAAGAAUCUGCAGACACACCUCCAAAGUUCAGUCUUAGA